AGUUGUAAAUAUUUUACCAUAUCAUAAUAGAUGUAUGUAUGUGCAUUUCCGUACAUUUUUUCAUGAGGAAUGGCCCAGCGUAGGGUUCAUUAGACAAUCUGAUAAGCACAUACAUCUCGGCAGAGGAAUUUAUAUGCCGCUUCUCUGUUAUGAUGCAGCUAAAGUAAACGCUAAGAGUAAAUUCAGUAUCUUUUUUCGAAAUAUAGCUGUUUUUGUAUUCACUCCACAAGUGUUAAUAAGUAGUAGCGUGGAAGGAAUAAAAUGCAACAGAACAAAAACUUCGCACCCUGCGUUAGACAGCACGAAAUUAUCAGCGAUUCACGAUAUCUCGCGUUUUUACCUAAAGGAACUUGGAACCAAUGAGGUAACAAUCGAACUGCUUGUAGACAAGAUCGGCCGUAUUAUAAAUUCUAAAAUCUCAGAUAUGCGAAGACUGCCGGGAUCUCUGAGGAGCAAGUCUACUAAGAGAAGCACGGAUGAAUUGUCAAAAAAUUCGCAUCCAGAUGUGAUAGUUGAGGAAACGAUUGAGGAAAAUUUUAACGGCUACAAUACUACGAUUAGACAGCGAUUAGACAGCGAUACAGAUAGCGAAGAAGCUGAAGAAGCUGUUGUUAUUGGGGACAAGGUGGAGGAGAGGUUCAAGAUGUAG